AUGAUUCCUACCUUCCAGUGGAAUUCAGCGGGUAUUACUGUAGCCGGCACUGUAGGUAUACCAGGCACAAUGGCCAACCAAUUGUAUGGUCCAAUGGGUCUGGCAUUGGAUUCGUCCAAUACACUCUAUGUUGCCGAUUGGUAUAACAAUAGAGUGCAAGCAUGGUUGUUGGGAGCAUCGACUGGGAUGACAGUGGCUGGUGACGCAAGUGGAACACCUGGAAGCGAUUCAAACUACUUGAACACUCCUGCCGACGUCGCUGUCGAUUCGAAUGGAAAUAUUUAUGUGGCUGAUACGUACAAUCAUCGAGUGCAAUUCUGGGCUAGAGACGCAUCCGCGGGCACGACAAUCGCUGGCACAGGAAGUCCUGGAACGUUGAACAAUCAGCUUACUUAUCCACAAGGGAUUGCACGAGAUUCGAGCUCAGGCACGCUGUAUAUAGCUGACACUUUUAAUCAUCGUGUAAUGAGAUAUCUACCGAAUACGUUGUCGGGUACUGUUGUUGCCGGUGGUAAUGAUCAAGGACUCGGCAACACGCAGUUAUUUUAUCCUUAUAGUAUUUGCUUUGAUUUAUCGUCAAACAGUUUGGUGAUUUCGAAUUGGGCAGCUAAUAAUGUUGUUCGUUGGGUAUUAGGUGCCACUAGCUGGACACUGGUCGCUGGUGACAUCAGCGGAUCGAGUGGUAGCACAUCGACACUAUUCGAUCAACCAUUCGAUAUAACACUGGACAGCUGGGGCAACUUAUAUGUAGCUGAUUCACAUAACUAUCGAAUACAAUUCUUUUUGGCUGGCCAAUCGAAUAGUACUACGAUUGCUGGUUUCACAGGCAUACCAGGUGACAAUGCAACCUUACUUUACGUACCCUCUUCAGUGAUACUCGAUGAUCAACUCAACUUAUAUGUAGCAGACACAUUUAAUCAUCGAAUACAAAAAUUUCAACACUACUAA